AUGCAUGGUCCAGUUCAGUUUCAGCUGGUUACUAGCUUUUCAGGCGAAGACCGGGAUGACAAAGUACGGGAACUUGGUGGCUAUGAGCUUGUCGGAAGGGUUUUUGGGUACGGGGGGUUGAAACGGAUCGGAGGUGGGAUGGGUGACAACACCGGUGAUCCUAACGCUGCUAUGAUGCAGUUACUGCAAGCCAUGCAACAACAACUCACUACCAUGGAACAACGCCUAAACCAAAUCGAACAACCUCGUGCAAACCAUAACCAAAGACGAGAGAAUGGUGUCGUUCAUGAAGAUGGUCAAGAGACUGACUUCAGUGAUGAUGGAGGACCACAAAACAACCGUCGACGACGUCAAGCUCAACGACAUAACCAAGAAAUGGCAGAGGAAGAAGACCGUACGAGGUCUAAUUCUAUGGAUAUGAAGCUCAAGGCUCCUACGUUUGCUGGAAGGGUAGAUCCUGAAGCUUAUCUUGAGUGGGAGCAGAGAAUGGAGCACAUCUUUGCUUACUACAAGUACACUGACCAAAAGAAGCUAGCCUUAGCCGUAGCUCAACUUACCAAUCACGCUUUGUCUUGGUGGGAUCGUGAAGUUAAUGAUAGGAGGAGAAGUGAUACCCCUCAAGUAACCACAUGGAGGGAAAUGAAGCAGCUGAUGAAGAAGAGAUAUGUUCCCAUCUACUACCACCGAGACCUUCAAAAGAAGUUCCGGAAGUUGAUUCAAGGAACAAGGAGUGUGGAAGAGUAUUUCGAAGAAUUUGAGCACUUAAGGAAUAGGCUGGAGCUUGACGAUGAUGCUGAGACCACCAUGGCUCAGUUUCUUGAUGGAUUACAAGAAAAGAUCUCUCACAAAGUAGAAAUGCAUCCUUAUCACGACCUGCAGGACAUUCUACACCACGCUAUACAAGCCGAACAACACAUCAAGAAGAAGAUGACAACCAUGGGGAGAACUAAAACUACUCAAAAUUGGGAUCAAGGGCGUGCCAAGACUCCUUUUGCAUCCACCUCUCAAGUCAGACCCUUGGAUAAAGAAAAAGCUGUGGCUAUUGACAAUCGGUUCAAGUCUAAGCCAACCGAAUCCACCCAAAGUAAGUUCCCUAGCCCUAACAAUUCAAGAACUCGUGAUAUAACAUGUUUUAAGUGCAAGGGAAGAGGACAUAUGGCUAAAGAUUGCCCCAACCCAAGAGUUAUGAUUCUCACGGAUGCGGGAGAAUACGAGUCACAAGAUGAAGCAGAUCUCACCAUAGAUGAUGUUGUAGUUGAAGAGGUCGAUUGUGAACCUGAAUAUGGAGAAUCCCUGGUCAUAAGGCGUGUCUUGAACCUCACGGUUCAUCCAGAUGAGCUAGCUCAAAGGGAAAAUAUUUUCCAUACCCGCUGUACCAUCCAAGAAAAGGUAUGUAAUCUUAUUAUCGAUGGUGGAUCAUGUACUAAUGUUGCUAGCGAGUAUAUGGUUUCAAAACUCAGCCUUGGACGGACUAAACAUCCUCAUCCAUAUAAACUAAGAUGGCUUAAUGACAAGGCUGAACUGCGAAUCACGGAUCAAGUACAAGUACCAUUCAAAGUGGGAAAGUAUAUGGAUCAAGUCUUGUGUGAUGUGGUUCCUAUGCAAGCUUGUCACCUUCUACUUGGUAGACCGUGGCAAUUUGAUAAGGAUACCAUGCACCAUGGGCGUAGUAACAUGUAUUCUUUUGUCCAUGAUAAGAAGAAAUACAAUCUAACUCCUCUCACACCGAACCAAGUGCAUGAAAUUCAAGUUAAGAUGCUUAAAGAGAAGGGUUCUCCUUCUAAGAGUAAUUUUCUGAUCAAGCCUAGCUACAUAGCUAAGACACUCACUUGUAAUGAACCGGUAUUACUAAUGAUGUUUAAGGAAGUUUUGAGCGCAGGUUUUAGUGCUUUGGAACAAGAUCUCCCUAAAGAGGUGAAGGAUCUUUUGAACCGGUUUGCUGAGACAUUUCCAGAUGAAAUUCCAGCUGGUCUACCUCCUAUAAGAGGAAUUGAACAUCAAAUAGAUCUGGUUCCGGGUGCCCCAUUGCCCAAUAGAGCCGCUUAUUGCGUUAACCCGGAGGAAGCUAAGGAAUUGGAGAAACAAGUGAAGGAUCUUUUAGACAAAGGCUAUGUGAGGGAAAGCCUAAGUCCAUGUGCUGUACCGGUCCUUUUGGUGCCAAAGAAAGAUGGAACUUGGAGGAUGUGUGUAGAUUGUCGAGCUAUCAACAACAUUACCAUCAAAUACUGA